AUGGCGACGAAACCAACGACGGAAGCUCAGAUUAAUUCUGGCAAAACGAUGCCCGCGCCGGUAGGUGACUUUCAUGCUGAUGAACUGUUGGGCGCAAUUCUCGAUCCUACAGCUAAUGUCGUCGCCCCUCCCAAAGUAUUGGAGACAGUUGAAAUCCCCGAUUCCAUAGCCCCUGUGUCACAGUCAUUACAACUCCCAUUGUUUCCCUUAUGGACCCUAAUUCAUCUUUUGGGCCUAAGAAAACUCCGAUCCUUGGGACAAUUGAAAAUUUGUUCGCCCUUGGGUGCUUUGGGCCAUUACCAACAAAUAAUGGCACUCGUACAUUCUCGUUUACUUCUCAGAAGGCUAAAAAAGAUGAAUUCUUAUUUGAUCGUGAUUCAAAUGUUUGUUUAUGUGUGGACCAAAUUAAAAUGGAAUGAAGGGGUUCAAUGUUUGUUUAUGUGUGGACCAAAUAAAAAAACGUAA